ACAAAACGUUUCCCGUUUGUACUUCCUCUCGUGUUCUUCUUGUUUGGCUAAUGCUCUGUUUAAGCGAAGCAAAUUAUAUUCCAAAGAGCUCUAUUUUAGAGCAAUUUCGAAGAUUUAAAAAAAAUAUAUAUCUUUAAGGAUGUCCAAAAAAAGUUUGAAGUAAAGUCUUUUUCCGGUUCGCUUCCGGUUUCCACGUCUCGCGUUUGGCAUAGGCACACGUUCACAGUUGCAGCUAUUUCUGCUCAAUUUCAGACCGUUUUACUCUCUACAAUCUAUGUCGGGUUUUCAGCUAGUAUCUGAAAGGUUAACAUAUGCUAAUAGUUACUUACUUCUCCCCUCCUUGUAUUAUCUGUGUUUAUAUUGGGGUGAUAUUUCUGCACACAUUUAGUGUGAAAAUGUGGUGUUGGAGACACUGAUAAUGGAUAGAGAUUUGCUCAGACAAUCUGUAUCGUAUCAUGGUGAAAACCUGUUGUCACUGUUAAAAUGUGAACAGAAUGAAAACCCAGACUUUAAACAUGUGGCUGCUGAUCUCGCCAAAACUCUUAACCAAAGGGACACAGAAGAAACAAGUCCUGUUCUGGCACAGUACAUAGCAAGGAAAGCUGAUCUUCUGUUUGCACCAUCAUGGAAAUCAUCCACACCAGUAGAGGAAUGGCAGGAGGAAUCUGGAGAGGCGUACGCCAUCAUGCCCCCACUGGAGCAGUUCAUGGAGGUGUCGUUUGAAGAGAGGCGAGAGCUCUUCUACAGGGACGUGGAGCGCGGAGACAUGCUUAUCGGAAAGAUCAAUUCAGUUCGAGACUUUGGUUUAUUUGUAACGCUUCUCUGCACCGCUGGCGGACUGGAGAGGGACAUCGAGGAUCUUGAGAUAAAGGCCCUCUGUCCAAUAAGAAAUGUGCCUUCGACUGGAAAUCAUGACGAUCCUUUGUCUUAUUACCAGAUUGGGGAUUUAAUCAGAGCUGGGGUGAAGGACAUUGACCGCUACCACGAGAAGCUGACGCUGUCCCUGUAUUCAUCUUCGCUGGCUACUCACUUAAAUAAAGUCAAACUGGGUGUCAUAAGCAAAGAAGAUCUUCCUCUUCAUUAUACCCGGGGUGAAAAUGUGGCCACGGAUUGCAACGAGACGUACGAGAAGCUUUUGGAUGACUCGCUUGGCUUGUCCAACCCCUUAAAUGUGGAUUACCUCCUGGGAAAACUGGGAAUAAGUGGUACUCAAACUCCUUCACUAAUGAGGGGGCUUCAGAGCAAGAGCUUCAAAGAAGAGGAUUUUGGAACGGCUAUUCGGAAGAAGCAAUCUGUAUCCUGGGCCUUGAAAUGUGUUAAAGCCGGUGUGGACCAUUUCAAAUCGGGUCGUCAUGUAGACGCAAUGAACGAGUACAACAAGGCCUUAGAGAUCGACACCAACAAUGUGGAGGCGCUCGUGGCGCGCGGAGCGCUAUAUGCAACCAAAGGAAGCUUGAUGAAAGCUAUCGGUGACUUUGAGCUGGCCUUGGAGAGCUGUCCCACGCACAGGAAUGCUAAGAAAUACCUCUGCCAGACGCUAGUGGAAAGAGGAGGACAACUUGAAGAGGAAGAGAAGUUGGUGACCGCCGAGGGUCUCUACAAAAGAGCCGUGGCGUUAGACGACACGUUUCGAGAGGCAGCCGAGGCGCUGGAGAAGCUUCAGAUACGCAUCCAGAAAUCGCUUAAAUUGAAAGAGGAGGAAGCUGCCAAAGAGCAGGAAAGAUCUAAGACCGUGGAGACAAGUGCCGAGAAAUUGCGUAAAAUCCUAAAAGAAGAGAAAAGAAUUAAGAAGAAGAAAAGAAAGCGGUCGACCUCUUCCUCCACAUCCUCAGACACGUCUUCAUCCACGGACGACGACUCUCCUUCGACGAGCCGGAAGAAGUCGAAGAAACGGAAACACAAGCGGCGGCGCUCGUCUCACGGCAGUAAGAAACACAAGCGGAGAGUGUCGUCUUGUAGCGAUAAAACUCUGGAGGACGACUGGUUCCCGGCUCCCGCCAACACCUCGGCCUCUUACAUCAACCAGAAACAGUCCAUAACCAAACUCCUCAGCGACGGAGAACCGCCCUGGGGGCAAGGCCGGAGCGAAGACGGGAGAGGUAGGUUUGAAGACGUUACCGACAGGAGUCCGGAGAACGUCAAAGAUGGGUCUAGAGUGGGAGGUGCGGAUGCAAACGGUGGGACGCACGACACCGCGGAUCGUGCCAGAAACCGGAGGGAUUCCUCCUCCUCAAGCCAAUCCGAAUACUCUCACCAAUCCGCCCGCUACUCCAAGGAGUGCUCCUCGCAGGGCAGAAACCGCUGCGUGUCGGAGCGAGGCAGGGUGGACAGAGCGGAGAGAAACAGAGAGGAUCGACGGUCUUCUGUUGGAAGCCUCAAAAAAGAUCUUCCGUCCAGUUUGGUGGACAUUUUCAGUCAAAUCGCCGAAUUUAAGAAGGACAAAAAGCAGAAGUAGUCCCAUUCUCUCUGAUGUGGCGAGAGUAACUCUUACUAGCAGGGUUAGGCUUCAUUUAACUGUAUGAUAGAUUAAGUUGAUUUAAAACGGUUUAUUUUCAUAAUUUCAGGUUAGAUGAAUUUGCUUUGAGUGAAGCAGCCUGAAAACAUUAAGAGCAAUGGCCAAAACGUGUGGUGCGAACGAAUGAUGCCCCAGUGUUAUAAACUGCCUUCAGUGUCAAAUAAACAAGUGUAAUGAUCAAACAAGUG